AGGGUGGGCGUCCCUCUCGCUCCUCCUACUUCUCGCUCGACCCCGCUCGCCAAACGUCCCCGUGUCGCCUCCUGACUGAAUAACUGCUGCUGCGUCGGCGUCGUUAUGAAGGCCUUGAUUCUGCUCCUUCUCGGGGCGUGCCAGGCCCUGCAGCCGGGCUUGGAGUACCAGUACAGGUACAGCGCCCGGGUCGCCAGCGGGAUACCAAGCAUCAACAGGCAGUUCGCAGCUGCAGGGAUACAAGCUGACGUCACAGUCCAGAUGGCUGCAGAUUUCUCGGUUGUGGUGCAGUUCAGCAAUAUCGAGGUUGGAGACUUGAACAAGGUCCUGGACUGCGACCUGCGAGCUCCUCUGCCCAUCGAGUACCACCCCCUGGAGGACUACGUCGACCUCCUCGAGAAGCCUUUCAGGGUCGUCAUGAACGAGUCAGGUGUCCCAAACUUCAUGGAAGGGCCUGAGGAACCCGUCUGGAUCUCCAACGUAAGGAAGGGCUUCGUCAACAUCUUCAGAGUGCCGUUGUUCUGGAAUACUGAAUUACACUCCACCAAGCUUAACUACGGUGCUGUCGAAGAAACUCUGGUUGGACGUUGCCAGAACUGGUACACGUCACUGAAGUUACCAGUGAACCUGGCUGAAGAGGUCAACGUCCAACGAGAACACUUCAUGGAAGAGGAUAUCCAACGAGAUGCCUACUCCUCCAGCUACACUACAAAAACCAAAUCGAAGACUAGCAAGACGUCUUCCAAGACUUCUUCCAAGACUUCUUCAAAGACUAGCAAGACCGGCAAAACAUCUCCGGGUCAGCUGGCGAACGUGCCCCAUAUUGAGGAUACACUCUGGUCCGUCAGUAGAACCACAGACUUCGACAUGUGUGAAAAUAUGGUGUCUCUGCAGAUCCACAGCAGCAAGUACACAGAGGAUAUCAUCCAAAGGAGCUCGGUGGCAAGCUACCUCAUCCGCGGAGACACGCACCGAAGGAUCGAGCAGGCCGUGGUGGAGGGAACCAUCACUGUCUUGACCAACAAGGAGCAAAACGAGCAUGUGGACACCUUCACCAACCAGACCUUGGAGCUGAAGGUUGUGCGUGAGAUUGGCGAGCCCAUCACUGUUACUUAUGACGUCCAUCCUCACUACAGCUGGCAGUAUGAUAUCGAAAGGCCACAGGGCGACCAGUUCAUUCCUCUGGAGCAGGUCCUCACAGGCAGGCCGGUCACUGACCAAAUUGUUAACGGCAUUAUGGAAUACAUCAAGAAAACCGUCGACGAUCUCUCGCACCGUAUGGAGCAAUACCCAGCCAAGCCAGAGAACCUUGCUUAUAUCAUUGGCCGCCUCGUCGAAGCCGUCGCCAACCUCGACUAUCCAUACAUCCAGAACCUUUACACCCACUUCGACGGUAAAGGCACACUGCAGAAAUACAUCUUUACACAGUUGGUGAUCCACGCCGGCACAGAACCAUCAGUCAAUUUUGCAGUUGAUAACCUCAGCGAUAUUCUCUUCUACGUUACUUUCUACGAGAGUAUUGGUGUCAGUCUUCGCACUCCGGCCCCUAUUCCUAAGAUCAUGCACAGUUUGAUAAACGGAGAUGAAGGUCUGCACCAUAGCCUCGGCCUCAUGAACUUCGCCACUCUGGCCCACGACGCGUGCCUCAGCGAGGACAGGAAGCACUUCUACUUCGACUACAGCUGCGGCCCGAAGACCGCGUGCGACCCUGAGCUUAUCAUCACAAAUUUCAUCCCUUACCUCGUGCGAGAACUUGGGAAUCAGGGGAAGGAUGUCUGGCAGCGGCUCAUAUACCUUCAGGCGCUGAGCAACCUGGGAACGCCACAGACAAUCAAUGUACUGAAGCCCAUCAUUCUGGGCGUCACCGAAACCAACAUCUUCAUGAGAACGAAUGCCAUCUGGAGUCUGAGCGCUUACAACAUGCAGAAGUCCGCCCUCUCGCAGAUCUACGAAAUCCUGAUGCCGAUCAUCGAGAACAAAGGAGAACAGUUUGAGAUCCGAAACAUCGCCUUCCUCACGCUGGCAACCUGGGGUCCUGGCCACGCCUGGUGGCAGCAGUUGGCGGUUUCGACCUGGCAUGACCCUUCGCCCCAGUUCGCCAACUUCGUCACCACGACCAUCUACUCCAUCUCUGACAGCCACACGAAACUGGCAGAGACAGUGUCCCGCAUUAAGCACCUGUGCAAGCCUGCCGCCCCAUCAUCCAUUCUUCACUCGACCAACUUCUUCCUGCACGAGUACCUCUUCUCAGAGGAGCACGGGUCACGAGUCAACUUCGCUUGGUUCGCCAGCGUUCACGGGGUCAUUCCCGAGGAGGUGUUCCUGCGCAUCCAGACGGAGUUCUUCUAUGGCUAUACGAAGGUGUUCAAGAUUGAUGGACAACAGCGAGGAUUUUACAACCUCAUGCAACUAAUGAAGCAGACAAUGACAAAGCCUCAGACGAGACCCCAGAGCAGCGCGCAGGAAAUCGUCUCCGGUAUGUGGGAAGAACUAAAGGAGAAAAUCGGCUUUACAUCACCUGAAUCUCCUUCAGAAGCAGAGUUUUGGCUAAAGUUAGACAGACUCAUUUAUACUGGUUUUCAGUACCGGUUCGCGGAAGGCUCUCCCAUACCCUACGGCAUGUACUCGGAAAAGCCUUUCUACAAAAAGGAUCUCAACACCCUCAUCGCCUUCCCGACCGAGAUCGGAGUCCCCUUCAGCGUGGUGUACAUUGCUGAGGACGCCACUUGGUUGAAUAUAAAUGGCAAUCCAGAAACCAGUGUGGCAAGCGGGAAGAUGAAGGUCAACGUGAAUUUCAUUUUUGAGACCAGCCAGGUGCAGUUCGUGGACGCCAGGGUCCAUGUACCAUGGUCAAAAAGACCUGCCGUCGCUUCUGGCGUGUAUGCAGAUACGCAGCUUGUCUUGCCCCUUAAUGUUCAUGCCUCCUUUGAUAUACAUAGCCAAGAGAUACAGCUAUCCAUAGAACCAACGAACAUCGUGAAGAUCAACGUGAUCAAAUUUGAAUUCAUUCCUUACACUGUCCUGGAGAACAACUUCCCCAGCGAUGUUCUGGUCAUCGAGAAUGAAUACAAGCCUAUCUUACAUGGAGAGGUUCCUUUGUUCAAUGACAAACAUCAGGCAUUCCCCUCCGACGUGGGUCUGUGGAUUCAAGUUGGAACAGAAGGUGACAUCCAUCAUACACCAGGCAUCUAUGAAAUAAUCACUCAGUUGUUCAGCGCACACACCUCUACCCACAUCUGGGAACAGAGUAUAGUCUUCGAUCCUACUCUCUCCACCACCAAGGUCAUCUCAUUCACCUUCAACUACGUGUCGACUGGAGGCAGCGGGUCUCUGGUUCAACGAGGCGACUACGACGAUGAUGGACAGAUAUCGCAGGGUUCGUUCGAUGAAGAUUUCGGACAGUUCUCACAGGUGGCCGGUGGUAGUCAGGACACCCUGGAAGUGGAUAGCUUCGGAACACAGAGCCAGACCAUAGAACGCAUCAUGAGGCUGCAACAGGCAUUGAUUGCAUCCGGAGGGCACGUGAGAACCAUCAGUGUGGAAGUAGAGCUUCAGGGAACUCCCACGAGGAACUAUGAGGCGAGCCUGACCUGGGCGAUCUCCAGCUCCGGCUCGACGAGAUCCUCCAAGGUGCAAGUGACACUCAUCAAGCAUCCGGCCGUCGGUGUCUUGGAGGACCCAUACACUAUCUGCCUGAACGCCCAGAUUGUGAAGCCGCAUUUCAAUCCAUUCUUCACCACUGAGGAUGUUCUGACGGCCAACUACCAUUCCACAGUCAAGGCUGAGUUGUACGAGGGCGAGACGUGUGAGGAAUCACCGGUCUUGUUGUUGGAGGCUUCAUUUGAUGUCAGCAGCAAUGUCAAGGAGAAAGUGAAGGAAGCAAUAGAGAAGGACUGCGACUACAGUACCUACGCUCCUGGCAUUGACAUCAUCACUUCUCCUUUGUAUGACCACUCUCACAUCACUGCCACCUGGACACCAGACUUCCCAGACAACCUGAAGAACCUUACAUACUAUGUUGAUGACAUCAUCAAGGCUUCUCUGUCCAAGAAGAUCGAAUUUGACCACACCAGCGCGCAUUACGCUUCCAGGAUUGAGAUUGAUGCUACAAAGUGCAUCGAGACUGGCCUGUGGACCAUAAGGACAGAGAAACCCUAUGCCGUGUCCAUCAUCAAUGAACUGGAACUCCCGGCGUGGGCCAACCCGAUCUUCACACCCGCGCCCUUAGCGACCACCCUGCUCUAUGACCUCGCUGUCGGUCGCACGCCAGUGGCCUGCACCAUCGAAGAACACAAGAUUAGGACUUUCGACGCCAAGGAAUACUACUUCGAACCCAAUGAGUGCUGGAGCGCCAUGUCCUUCGACAUAACCCACAACCAGCGAGGCGCCAUUCUCGUUCGCAACUCAGGCGAGUGGGAAGUCCGCAUCAUCUGGCACAUGGAAGGACUCGUUUUUGAUUUGUCCCCAACCUUUUUCCUUGUGAACGGCGAACCAGCCCAGGGAACAGAUAACAGGUAUACCGUCUUGCACCAUGAUAACAGUCAUACAAUCGUGUUCGAAAGUGGAACACGCGUCAAGGUGUCAGACAAAGUAGAAUUCCUGAUGGCUAUGUACCACCGCGGGAACACAGCCGGCCUGUGUGGAAACUACGACGGCGAGCCAUCCAACGAUAUGGUAGGACCCCUGGGCUGCUACUACACGGACGGUAGCCUUUUCUACCUUUCCUGGGCCUCGCCCGGAGAAGGGUGCGCCGCUUUCAACUUCAAAGGUUAUAAACGUGAUGUCGAGCGAUACCAGGAGAACUGCCCUCGCUUCGUCCAGGAGCCCACAGGAGUCACUCAUGCCGAUGCUCUGUAUGACUGCACGGAGUGGGUGUACCACGAGAGGACGGAGGGCCAGUACCACUGCAAGGCUCUCAGCCCCAUGCCAGUGUGCAGACCCGAAUGCGUUGCCAACUCCCCUAUCACCACAUCGGUCGAAUAUGAAUGCAAAUUCACCGGACGUCAGCAACAGGCGCAGCAGCAGCAGCAAGUGCAGGGGACACAGUGGGAGGAAUGCUUCCCUCACUCCUACACCCUGACCUACCCAUCUUCAUGCGUCCCACACUAAUUGCCCAUCUGUCCUUUCGACCUGAUUUCGUCUUUCCCUUUAGCUAUCCCCUAGUUUGCAAGCGCCUCCCUCCUAAAUAAGAAUUAUUUCAUUUUCUCUAACAACCUUCCUUCACUCCAUCCAUAGAAAUACUCUUUCAUAUUUUUCUGGUUUAUUUCUAUUGACCUUUCAUACUUUUUCCAAGGAAUUUACCACUAAUUAACAAGCUUGUAAAAUUAAUGAAUACUUUUUUUUUGCACUAGUUUCCUUUCCUUUUCACUUUCUGAGAAAAAGAAAAAAGAAAAAAAAAUGUCUUUGUUCAUUUUUUUUUUAAUGCAUUCUAUGAUCCUUCACAUUGCCGUGGCACAGCAAAGGAAAGGUGGAUAUUGUACGGGAAACUUGGCUAGACGGAGGUGGAGUCGGUCCAGCGGGAACGUAGUGAGAGUGUGGGUCAGAAUUCACUUCUGGUUCAUGUAAAAGGACACCGUCUACCAUGAAAUAAAAUUGGGAUCUUUUAA